GGAGGCGGCGGCGGCGGCGGGACUGAGCCUGCAGCCCGCGCCCGGCCCCUGCGGCCGGGCACCCCGGCAGCCCGGUCCCCCUGCACGCCUUCGAAGCUGUUUCCCCUGCUAUGAUGCCAGGGCAGAUCCCUGACCCGUCUCUGACGGCUGGUGCGCUGCCCGGGCUGGGCCCUCUGACGGGACUGCCUGGCACAGCCCUGACGGCUGAGGAGCUGAAGUACGCCGACAUCCGCAACAUCGGGGCCAUGAUCUCGCCGCUCCACUUCCUGGAGGUGAAGCUUGGGAAGAGACCCCAGCCUGUGAAAAGUGAGCUGGAUGAAGAAGAGGAGAGGAGGAAAAGGCGCCGUGAGAAGAACAAAGUAGCAGCAGCACGAUGUCGUAACAAGAAAAAGGAGAGGACGGAGUUCCUGCAGCGGGAGUCCGAGCGCCUAGAGCUCAUGAACGCCGAGCUGAAGGCCCAGAUAGAAGAGCUGAAACAGGAGAGGCAGCAGCUGAUCCUGAUGCUGAACCGGCACCGUCCCACAUGCAUCGUGCGGACAGACAGCGUCAAGACGCCCGAGAGCGAAGCCAACCCGCUGCUGGAGCAGCUAGAGAAGAAGUGAAGGUGGCACAGGGCCAGGAGGAGGAGACAGUGGCGCAGGGUCUUCCAGGGUCUCUGAUGUAUGUACUGUAUGAAGAACCGUGCAGCCAGGACCCAGUGGGCUUCCUUGGAAACUAUGGACCAAACAACUGUUGGGACAGAGAAGAUCGGGAACCUGUCCACCGUGUACUCUUGAGGCUGAACCUGGAGCAGAGCUAGCGGUGCCGGUGAGGGCAGCCUCCCUACGAUACCUCAUCACGGCCCUUCAGCCUGCUCGUGGCCCCGGGCACCCGCCACGCCGCGGCGCAUCCCGCAAGCACCGCG